AUGGGUAAAAAGGGUAAUAAGAAAGCAGGAGGAGACUUCUGGGACGAUGAGGAUAUGGGGGAGCAACCACAAGCUGAAGAAUUUGGUGUAACUCCAGAAACAGGCUCAUCUUCACCAUCUCAAGAAAUCGCUAAUAAGGACGAAGCAGAUGGCGCUGAUUCAAGCACACCUCAAGAAGCCUCAGCUGAUGAUAUUGCAGGAGACUUUUUAGGAUCGAUUCGUAAAAAUAAGCAAAAGAAAGCCGAGAAGGAAGAGGAAAAGAGCAAAGCAGAUUCCGAUGGCGUACCAAAAAUUUUGUCCAAGAAAGAGAAGGAAAAGUUGAAGAAGGAAGCAGAAAAACAAAAAAAGAAGGAGUUGGCCCAGAAGAAGAAGGAGCAACAAGCAAAACAAAAGGAGCAGAUUAAAGAGGCAAACAAGCAAAACGCAGCUGCCAAAUCAGCAUCAGCAUCAGCAUCGGCGUCAGCCACACCUGAACCUGAAUCUGCUGCUGCGCAAAAUGCAGAAGCUCAAAAGGAAGAGAAGGCCAAGUCAGUAAAGAAAGGUAAGAAGGCUCCAGCUGGUCUCGCUGCUUUGAAGAAACAAUUGGAAUUGAAAAAGCAACUCGAGGAAGAGCAAAGGAGAUUUGAAGAGGAAGAAGAGCAGCGUAUACAAGAAAAAGAAAGACUUGCAGCAGAAGAAGCCGCAAAAGAGGAAGCCGCUAAAGCUGCAAAGAAGGAGCGUGACAGAUUGAAGAAGGAGCAAUUGAAAGCAGAAGGUAAGUUAUUGACAAAGAAGCAAAAAGAAGAAAAGAAGUUGCAAGAACGUCGUCGUGCUCAACUUUUGCAAGCUGGAAACGUUAUUGUUCCUGGAUUGCAAAAGGGCAACGAGGGAGAAGUACAAAAACCAAAGAAGGUCGUUUACACCAAGAAAAAGUCAUCUAAGCCAAAGACAUUCACACAGAAACCUCAACAGAGCAAGGUUGUUGAAGAGAAGAAGCCUGAAGAUGAUGAAGAGGAGGAGGCAUUUGUUGAUGAUUGGGAGAAAAUGGCUUUGGAUGACGAUGCUGAGGAAGACAACGAGGUUACUGAAAGCUGGGAUGCUGAAACCAAAGAAGACUCCGAAAGUGCAGCAAAUGCCGCUCCUGAAGAGAGUGAAGAAUCGAAUGAGAAGAGGAAGAAGAAGGAAGCUGAAGCCGCCGCAGCAGCAGCAGUUAUUGCCGAACAAGAAAAGCGUGCACGCGAAGAGAAGGAAGCAGCCGACGCUGCCGCUCAAGCCGCCGCUCAAGCAGCAACAGCAACAGCAAAAGAACAAGAAACAUCAAGAUCUCGCUCUGCACCAGUUUCCAAAAAGACGGAAGCUGCACCAGAAAAGGAAUUGCGUUCUCCUAUCUGUUGUAUCUUGGGUCACGUCGAUACUGGUAAGACUAAAUUAUUAGACAAAAUUCGUCAAACCAACGUUCAAGGUGGUGAAGCUGGUGGUAUCACGCAACAGAUUGGUGCUACGUAUUUCCCUGUUGAGGCUAUCAAGCAAAAGACUGCAGUUAUGGCCAAAUACGAAAAAGGACUAUUUGAAGUCCCCGGUUUACUUAUCAUCGAUACACCAGGUCACGAGUCCUUUACCAACUUGAGAUCGCGUGGUUCUUCCUUGUGUAAUAUUGCUAUCUUGGUUAUUGAUAUUAUGCACGGUCUUGAGCAACAAACUCUUGAGUCCAUCAGAUUGCUUAGAGACCGUAAGGCUCCAUUCGUGGUUGCUUUGAACAAGAUUGAUAGGUUAUAUGACUGGAAGGAGAUUCCAAACAAUUCUUUCCGAGAUUCGUUUGCCCAGCAAUCAAAAUCAGUUCAACAAGAGUUCCACAACAGAUUUGAACAGAUCAAGUUGGCACUUGCAGAGCAAGGAUUGAACUCUGAAUUGUAUUUCCAAAACAAGAACAUGUCGAAAUACGUGUCUAUUGUGCCUACCUCGGCAGUCACUGGAGAAGGUGUUCCAGAUUUGUUGUGGUUGUUGUUGGAGUUGACACAAAAGAGAAUGUCGAAGCAAUUGAUGUACUUGUCUAAAUUGGAGGCUACAAUCUUGGAAGUCAAGGUUGUUGAAGGUUUCGGUUACACAAUUGAUGUGGUGUUGUCCAAUGGUGUGUUAAGAGAGGGGGACAGAAUUGUGCUAUGCGGUUUGAAUGGACCAAUUGCCACAAAUGUAAGGGCAUUGUUAACGCCUCCACCAUCGAGGGAGUUGCGUAUCAAGUCAGAAUAUAUGCAUCACAAAGAGGUUAAGGCGGCAUUGGGUGUCAAGAUUGCUGCAAAUGAUUUGGAGAAAGCAGUUGCUGGAUCUCGUUUGUUGGUUGUUGGUGAAGACGAUGAUGAAGAAGAAAUGAUGGAAGAGGUUAUGGACGAUUUGACCGGGUUGUUAGAUUCUGUUGAUACGUCUGGUAAAGGUGUGGUUGUUCAAGCAUCUACAUUGGGAUCUUUGGAGGCCUUGUUAGAUUUCCUUAAGGAUAUGAAGAUUCCAGUUAUGUCGAUUGGUUUGGGUCCAGUUUACAAGAGAGAUGUGAUGAAAGCAGUCACAAUGUUGGAUAAGGCUCCAGAGUUGGCAGUAAUGUUGUGUUUCGAUGUCAAGGUUGACAAGGAAGCCGAGCAUUAUGCAGAUGAGCAAAACAUCAAGAUUUUCAAUGCCGACAUUAUUUACCAUUUGUUUGAUGCAUUCACUGCUUAUCAGAACAAAUUGUUGGAACAACGUCGAAAGGAGUUUAUGGAGUAUGCUGUUUUACCAUGUGUAUUGAAGACUAUUCAAAUCAUCAACAAGAGAAACCCAAUGAUUAUUGGUGUUGAUGUUGUUGAGGGUGCCGUGCGUAUAGGUACUCCUAUCUGUGCCGUUCGUCAAGACCCAGUUACCAAGCAACCAAAUAUCAUGGUUUUGGGUAAAGUGACUUCAUUAGAGGUGAAUCACAAACCUGCUGAUUCCGUGAAAAAGGGUCAGACUGCCGCUGGUGUUGCUAUGAGAUUGGAAAACCCUUCGUCGGCACAACCAACUUGGGGUCGUCAUGUUGACGAGACCGAUAACUUGUACUCAUUGAUCUCACGUAAAUCAAUUGACACUUUGAAAGAUCCUGCAUUCCGUGACACUGUUUCAAGAGAUGAUUGGUUAUUGAUCAAGAAAUUGAAGAGCGUGUUUGACAUUAAGUAA